AUGGCCUCUCGCUUCUUUGCUUGGGCGAAAUCGCCUCAAGCUCGCGACUACUUCUUCUCGACGCACUUCUUUGGUCCUUUGGCUAACUGGGGUCUGCCCCUCGCCGCUCUUGCCGACCUGUCCAAGGACGAAGAGGUCAUCUCAGGCACCAUGACCGCUGCCCUCUGCUCCUACUCGAUCGUCUUCUCCCGCUUCGCCUGGCGUGUCACCCCGAGGAACUAUCUGCUGCUCGCAUGCCACGCCACAAAUGCUACGGCUCAGGCUGUGCAGGGGGGAAGAUUUUUGAACUACAACUACUUUGGCGGCAAGGAGAAGAGACAAAAAGAGGCUGGCGGGCUCGAGCCUCCGUCGACGCCUAGGGUUGCUUCGGCCUAA